AUGGCUCAGGCUCUAGUCACUCCUGUCUGUUAUCUGAGUGCCUCCCAGCAAAAAUGGUACUCUGGACCCCCAGGCCCAGCUUUCCAGUACGUGUCUGAGUACUGCCACUCCCAGCCAGCCCCUUUAGGCCUCUACUUUUCAAGGGACAGCUACUGGGAGAAACUCUAUGUGGACCAGCCCGCUGGCACACCCCUUCUCUAUGUCCACACACUUCAGGACUUGCCUGGUGAGGUGCCUAGCUUCCGCCUAGGUCAAUACCUCUAUGGUGCCUACCGCUCACGACUUCAUGGGAAUGAAUGGAUCCGCAUCCAAGAGGACAAGGGCCUGCUUUACCUGAACCAGAGCCUGGACCAGAGUACUUGGGAGAAGUUGAACUCCCGCAAUGGCGGGUUCCCCCUGCUCACCAUCCACCUCCAGGUCUUCCUCUCACCAGCAUCCCUGCGUGAAGGCGAGUGCCAGUGGCCAGACUGUGCACGGGUUUACUUCUCCUUCAUCAACACCUCCUUCCCUGCCUGCAGGUCCCUCAAACCUAGGGACCUGUGCUUCCCAGAGACGGGCUUGUCCUUCCGGAUCCGGGAGAACAGGCCCCCUGGAACCUUUCACCAAUUUCUCCUGCUGCCUGUACAUUUCCAUUGCCCCAAUAUCAGUGUGGCCUACCAGCUUCUGGGAGGUGAGCACCUGCCCUUUCACUGCAGCCCGGAUAGCCAGGUGAGCACACGCUGGCCCCUGGACCGGGAGCAGCAGGAGAAAUACCAACUGGUGGCUGCAUGCGUGGUACGAGCUGGAGCUCGCGAGGAGAAAGAGAUGGUACCCUUCCCGGUGACCGUUUAUGAUGAGGAUGAUUCACCACCCACCUUCUCUGAUGGAGUUGACACUGCUAGCACUGUGGUGAAGUUCAAGCGAAAGGAGGGCACGGUUGUGGCUGUGCUGCGGGUCUUUGAUGCAGAUGUGGUGCCAGCUUCUGGGGAUCUUAUGAAGCGAUACACGAGUCAGCUCCUCCCAGGGGAUGCCUGGGCACGCCAGACCUUCCGUGUGGAACACCUGCCCAACGAGACCUUGGCCCCAGCCAACGGGAACUUCGUGCGGGCCACAGUGCAUGAAUACAGGCUUGUGCUCAACCGGAGCCUCUCCAUCUCCGAGAACCGUGACCUGCAGCUGGCUGUGCUGGUGAACGACUCAGACUUCCAGGGCCUCGGGGACAGUGCCCUGCUCCUCUACUUCAAUGUCUCUGUGCUGCCAGUCAACCUGAGUUUCCCCUGUAACUACUCCUUUGUGGUGAGCAGGAGAGCACGACGCUUUGCCCAGGUUGGGAAGGUGUGCGUGGAGCACUGCCUGGAGUUCAGUGGCAUCCUUGUCCAGUAUAAACUGCAGCCCUCUGGGGCCAACUGCAGUGCCCUGGCGGUGAUUACCUCAGCAGAGGACUCCACAGGGACCCUGUUUGUGAGUGACCCAGAGAUCCUGCAGCGACCUGAAUGUGCUGAGCUACAGUACACAGUGGUGGCCACCGACCGGCAGACCCGGAAACAGGCCCCUGUUCAGCUGCUUGUCACCAUGGAAGGAACAUAUGUAGCUGAGGCACCUGGCUGCCCCCUGUCCUGUGCUGUCAGCAAACGGCGCCCUGAAUGUGAGGAGUGUGGUGGCCUGGGCUCCUUGACUGGCAGGUGUGAGUGGAGACAGGGUGAUGGCAAAGGGAUCACCAGGAACUUCUCAACCUGCUCCCCCAGCACCAGGACCUGCCCCGAUGGCCAUUGCGAUGCUGUGGAAAUCAGGGACUUACACAUUUGUCCCCAGGAUUGCCUUCGGGGUGGCAGCAUCGUUGGUGGUUAUGAGCCGGGGGAGCGGCGAGGAAUUAAAGCAGGCUACGGUAUCUGCAAUUGCUUUCCUGAAGACAAGAAAUGCUUCUGUGAGCCAGAAGACAGCCAGGAGCCACUGUGUGAUGAGCUCUGCCGUACGGUCAUCGCAGCAGCCGUUCUCUUCUCCUUCAUCGUGUCUGUGCUGCUGUCCUCUUUCUGCAUUCAUCGGUACCACAAGAACACCAACAAGCCACCAAUAGCUUCGGCCGAGAUGACCUUCCGCCGGCCUACCCAGGCCUUUCCUGUCAGCUAUUCCUCAUCUGGAACCCGCCGACCCUCACUGGACUCCAUGGAGAACCAGGUCUCAGUGGACACCUUCAAAAUCCCGGAGGAUCCAAAGUGGGAAUUUCCUCGGAAGAACUUGGUCCUUGGUAAAACUCUUGGAGAAGGUGAAUUUGGAAAAGUGGUCAAGGCAACAGCCUUCCGACUUAAAGGCAAAGCAGGCUACACAACUGUGGCUGUGAAGAUGCUGAAAGAGAAUGCUUCUCCAAGUGAGCUCCGGGACUUGUUGUCUGAGUUCAACCUCCUCAAGCAGGUCAACCAUCCUCACGUCAUCAAGCUCCACGGGGCCUGCAGCCAGGAUGGGCCUCUCUUCCUCAUUGUCGAGUAUGCCAAGUAUGGCUCCUUGCGGGGCUUUCUCCGUGAGAGCCGCAAGGUGGGGCCCAGUUAUGUGGGCAGCGGUGGCAGCUGCAACUCCAGCUACCUGGACAAUCCUGACGAGAGGGCCUUGACCAUGGGCGACCUCAUCUCCUUUGCCUGGCAGAUCUCCCGGGGAAUGCAGUACCUGGCUGAGAUGAAGCUUGUCCAUCGUGACCUGGCAGCCAGAAACGUCCUGGUUGCUGAGGGGAGGAAGAUGAAGAUUUCAGAUUUUGGCCUGUCCCGAGAUGUUUAUGAAGAGGAUUCCUAUGUCAAGAGGAGCAAGGGUCGGAUCCCUGUCAAAUGGAUGGCAAUUGAGUCCCUUUUUGAUCAUAUCUACACCACCCAAAGUGACGUGUGGUCCUUUGGUGUCCUGCUGUGGGAAAUCGUGACCCUAGGGGGGAACCCUUACCCAGGGAUCCCUCCAGAGCGGCUCUUUAACCUUCUGAAGACAGGCUACCGCAUGGAGAGACCUGACAACUGCAGCGAGGAGAUGUAUGGUCUGAUGCUGCAGUGCUGGAAACAAGAACCAGACAAGAGGCCAGUGUUUGCUGACAUAAGCAAAGACCUGGAGAAGAUGAUGGUUAAGAGCAGGGACUACUUGGACCUUGCUGCAUCCACCCCAUCUGAUGCGCUUCUCUAUGAUGAUGGCCUCUCAGAAGAGGAAACGCCCCUCGUGGACUGUAAUAAUGCUCCCCUCCCUCGAACCCUUCCCUCCACAUGGAUUGAAAACAAACUCUAUGGCAUGUCAGACCCGAACUGGCCUGAAGAGAGUCCUGUACCACUCCCAAGAUUCGAUGGCACUAACUCUGUGUUCCCAAGAUAUGCAAAUGAUAGUGUAUAUGCUAACUGGAUGGUUUCACCCUCAGCGGCAAAAUUAAUGGACAAGUUUGAUAGUUAA